AUGAGCAGCUGUCGCUACAAUGGGGGGGUGACACGGCCCCGGGGCCCCCUGAGCUCCUCCUCCCGCACCCCGCAACCCCCGGACGGGGAAACGCAGCCGCUGCGCCCCUGCCCCAGCCCGCGGCUCCAGGUGGUCGUGUCCCGACCGGAGCAUCCCGGGCCGACAGAAGCCGGUUCUGUGGCCGCCUCACCGGGCCAGGAGGCGAGCGAGGAGAGGGCGGGAGAGCGGAGGAGGAACCAGAACAUCGGCUACAAGCUGGGCCACCGGAGAGCCCUGUUCGAGAAACGCAAACGCCUGAGCGACUACGCGCUGAUUUUUGGCAUGUUCGGCAUCGUGGUGAUGGUGACCGAGACGGAGCUGUCCUGGGGGGUCUACACCAAGAUCUUCUUCAUCGCGCUGGAGCUGCUGGUGUGCGCCAUCCACCCCAUCCCCGGGCAGUACCUGUUCACCUGGACCGCCCGCUUGGCCUUCACCUACGCGGCCUCGGUGGCCCACGCCGACGUGGACAUCGUGCUGUCCAUCCCCAUGUUCCUGAGGCUUUACCUGCUGGGCAGGGUGAUGCUGCUGCACAGCAAACUCUUCACGGACGCGUCGUCGCGCAGCAUCGGCGCCUUGAACAAGAUCAACUUCAACACGCGCUUCGUGAUGAAGACGCUCAUGACCAUCUGUCCCGGCACCGUGCUGCUCGUCUUCAGCAUCUCCUCGUGGAUCAUCGCCGCGUGGACGGUGCGCGUGUGCGAGAGGUGA